AUGAGUACCGUCGACAUCGGUCAAAAAUGCAAAAAGAUUGUGGAGUAUUUAUGGGAUCCAGAGCCGAGAAAUGAUGACAGCCCUGCCGAACCCAUCUGGUGUUUAGGGCGGAGGUACUCUAUUCCCGAGCCCAUCGAACGGUCCGACCUACGAAAUCAAUCUUUUCCACCAAAUCAACCUCCAUCACCGUCUCAGGAAGCAUUAGAGUAUUCCAGCAAACCGCCAAGUCAAGCAGACUCUCAUGAUUUUAGGAAUCUAAGUUGGCCAGCUGCUUUCCUGGACGAUUUUGAAUCAAGGAUUUGGAUUACCUAUCGGUCAAACUUUCCGGCUAUUCCAAAAUCAAAAGAUCCAAAUGCUCAGCAGGCUCUCACAUUCAGCGUGCGACUCCGAAGCCAAUUGUUGGAUACCCGUGGUUUUACAACUGAUACAGGGUGGGGUUGUAUGAUCCGGUCAGGGCAGAGCCUCCUCGCAAAUGCUCUUCUGAUUCAAAAGUUAGGUCGAGACUGGCGACGAGGCUCGGAAACAGGAAAGGAAAUUGCCUUGUUGUCAUUAUUUGCAGACCGUCCUCAAGCACCAUUCUCUAUACAUAGGUUCGUUGAACACGGUGCAGCGGCCUGUGGCAAACAUCCUGGGGAAUGGUUCGGGCCGUCUGCGACCGCACGCUGCAUUGAUGAAUGCGAACAUGCUGGUUUAAAUGUAUAUGUGACCAGUGAUGGGUCUGAUGUGCAUGAGGAUAAAUUUCGCCAAAUCGCUGGAUUAGAUGACAUAAAGCCAACACUCAUAUUACUUGGGGUGCGCCUUGGAAUUGACAGUAUCACUCCUGUGUAUUGGGAUGCUUUGAAGGCGAUUAUCCAGUACCCUCAAUCUGUCGGAAUUGCAGGAAGACUACAUAUCAAGGAAAUGGACCCAAGCAUGUUGAUUGGGUUUCUCAUCAAAAAUAAUGAUGACUGGCAUGAUUGGAAACAUCGUGUCCGAUCUGCGCCCGGAAAACCAAUCAUUCAUGUCUUUGACGGAGGACCACCAAACUUUGGGCGGCACUUUGAAAGAGAAGGCGCCGUGGAUGAAGUUGAAGCUCUUGAUGAUGACGAUGAACUGCAUUUACCAACACCUAUCAAAGAUAGACCGUCAUCAUAA